GCAACUUUUCGAAAUGGAUGGACGUUUGACAGAGCGUAUAAUGUAUGUUUCAACAGCAUUAAAGACGCUUUACAGAAUGAUAUGUACAAAGAUUAUGUUGAUGUACCUGUUGAAAAGUUCAUUGAAGCGUGUGUAAAGGAUAUAGAAGUUGCAGGCGACACAACGUUUCUUACAGACACAGUCAAUACCAUGGUAACGAGCAUUAUGACAGAGCUUGUAAAAACUGAAUCCCUGUAUUCUCAAAAAUCUACCGAUGGAUCACAAACAUUGUUAGAAUAUUUUGCAAGUGGAUUAUGUCUAAAUAAUUGCAGUAAUUACGGAGUAUGCAAAUCAGGGGUGUGUAGUUGUGAUAACGGACAUGUGGGUCAUGAUUGCUCUUAUAACACUUCGUCACCACCAACUGAUAUCAGUCUUCCUUUUAAUGGUGAAUGUAAACUAUCAACUCGUUUAUGUGAAGCAAUUAAUGUAUUUGGAGAAUUUCUAACCACCUCGGUAUGGUAUAAGAGGAUACAUUUUCAGAUUUUAGAAAAUGAUCUGCUGUACACAACAAGUGCUGAACUUGUUUUAGCUGAAUACAGAAACCAAUUCAUGAUAACUUUGAAUCUACCGGCGUCACGGAAGAAAAGAUCAGUGGACAACAAAGUUUUCUCCGAGGGUUAUGACAUCAGCUUUUCAUAUGAUGGCCAGAAUUUUGGGAAGGAAGCCAGUAUCAUAAUUUACGAUGAUCUCAAGUAUUCGUGUAAUACAACGACAAAAACGUGCCAAUCGUUGAUUGUGAACGAAUCAGAAGACGAUACUGCAGAUACAACAAAAAAUAUCAUUAAGAUUGUUGUCCCAGUUACAGUAUCAGUGGUCGUUAUACUUGUUAUAAUUGGUGUUAUUUGCUUCAAGCUGACAACUAAAGCUUCAAAAGCAAAAAUUGCUUCUUAUGGAGAUGAACUUGAACAGAAGAAGACGUCAUCAGAAAAUACUGUUAGCGAACUUGAAUUUGAUUUUGGAGACAACACAGAUGUGGAUGCUUUCGCUAUGCAGUGUCCUCCGCGAAAAGAGAAUAUCGAUGUGUGGAACGGCGGAUUUAAAACUUCUAAAUAGUGACUUUUUUUUCUGUAAUUAAAAGUCAUUAGUUAAGAUUUUAUGUUCCUUCCUUCAUAUUUUUAUAAGUUUUUGUUUUUAUUUUGAUAACUUUUAAUUAUAUUUUACAAUUUUUUCUGUUAUAUUUAAUACUAUCGUGUUUGUAUAUUAACUGCACUUGGACAUUGUUACCUUCGUCUUUUUAUGAUUUAUUUAUAUUAUAAUCCUUGACAAAAUUAAUAAAUAAUUGCGACUAUAUAUUAUCAAUAAACAGUACGUCAAAUAUUUAGCUCACUAUUUCUUACCAGUAGAGACUCAUUAUACAUAAUCAUGCAACAAGUUCUUAUUGCUAGAAUAUAAAAAUGCACAAAUACUCUUAGGGGCAUAAGGUACGAAAUAUAAAUAACAAGGAAUAUGAGUUCGUGUGGUUCAAUCAUUUAUCAUGUUAAUAAAAGUUAAAUAAUGAAAUAAUAAUACGAAUGUGGUUCAAUUUUGUCAAAUAAGCGAAGAAAUAUCGCUAAUGAAUUAAUCGACCUCAUUGAAUCUGUAUCCAUGGGACCUUUAUUUUGACCCAUUAGUUACAGAUUGGUCAUGCAAGUUUUAGUCGUAUUCAGCUAUUAAAGGGAAAAGAAUGUCAAAAGUUGAAAUGUUGUUAUCUGUUUAUCUUAGACUGAUUGUAACAUGCGUUUACGUUUUAGUACGGUAUUUACAUGAUGUUUUAAAUAUGAAAAUUUGAGUCGAAUCGGUGAACACCAUUUUGAGGGCUAAUGCCCCUUUCAUAAUAAAGCUGAACAAAGCUGUAAAGGUUUGUAUUUUGUAAAUAAAAAAUGUUUGUUAAAUGAACGAGUUUGAUGGAAUACAUAAAAUUAUAUCAAUAAAUGUAUUAUUUUCGCUAUGAAUUAUCAUUAGUAAUGUUAUAACUUGGGAAACAAGGAGACAACAUACAUAUUUUAGGGCAAAACAAUGAGUCCCACACUUGUUUUGGUCAAUUAGAAACAUCAAAAAGACUGUAGGCAGUUGAGUUCUAAUAAUGAAAAUGAAAGGAUAUGUCAAUCCUUAUAAAACUUUAUACUGGACUCUUUUAUUGAAUUGCUUGAUGUGUAAGAAGCCGUGCGGCUAUCAUUGAGUUCCAUUAUAAUAUUCAUAUGAAAAACAAUGUACU